AUGGUACAAGACUAUACCGGUCGUUGGCAACCCGCUCGCGCACUUCUUGACAACGGUUCACAUGCCUCAUUCGUCACCGAGGCGUGUGUACAACGCCUUCGUCUUCCCAGAACGCUGUCAUCCGUUCACGUCACUGGGAUCGGGUCACUACAAGGAGGCCGCGCAAAGGGAGAAGUUACACUCUCCAUAUCAACACGAACGCUUGAUACUAAAUUUCAAGUAAGUACGCUCAUCUUACCGAAAAUUACUAACGAUCUUCCAACCUCCGCUUUACCGACGACUUCUUGGCCGCAUCUUACGGAUUUGCCACUAGCCGACCGCUAUUAUUCCCAACCCGGACCAAUAGACAUUUUAAUUGGAAUGGAUGAGAUGGACAAGUUUCUACUACACGGACUCCGUAAGGGUGAACGGGGUACACCAAUGGCACAAAAUACUGUAUUCGGAUGGGUACUGUCUGGCAACGCAGCCAAUUUACAAAGCCCACCGGUGAACAUUUCGACUUUACAUUCCGACCUUCAUUUAACUCAACUCAUCCACAAGUUUUGGGAGCUCGAAGAACUACCCCCCCGCAAAUUCCUCUCACCUGAAGAAUCUAUGUGUGAGAAACUAUACGACGAUACGACCGAACGUGCACCGGAUGGUCGCUACAUCGUGCGUUUACCUUUGAAGAAAAACGUAUUGAUUGGUGAUUCAAGAGAAGCAGCUAUUCGAGCAUUACUCCGCAUGGAAAGAAGAUUUACAGCUAAAGCUUAG